AUGGCGGUCCCAGAAGGUCGAAGCAUCUACGAGGUGCUUGGCACCGUCCUCUACUGCAAGGUACCCGUCAUGAUCGAUAACGCCGACGACCCAAACGCGGAGCAACAGCAGCAGCAGCAACAACAGAAGCAAUGGGGUGACGUCGACAUCCCUCUUGACUACGCCGCCGCCCUGGCGUUGCGCGAGAUCGAUGAGGCAGCCAUGGCCGCACGCUACACGGCUACCAAAGCCAGAGGUGCCGCUUCCGCCACAGUCGGAGGUGCUGCAUCGCGCGAUGGUGCCAUGGUGGCUGAGAGAGUGCCUUUCGCAGCAGCAGCAGGCGCUUCGGCGGCCGUGCCGUCUACAGUGCCGGUGCCGCCUCAGCGAUCUGGCACGCCGCCCUUCAUGUCGGCGCGCUACGGCACCUUAGGCGGUGGUGGAAGACAAUUUCCCGCUGCAAAGACGACACAGCGUGUCUGCAGUGGCGGAAGCGCCAGCAGGAAUGCCCUUGGAGCCAGCCUCCGAAGCGGUGCCGAAGUUGGCGGAACCCAACGGGACGCGGGUGAGGCCGUAGAUAUUGCAACACAGAACGCCUAUCUCGUCAAGGCACACAUCCGCGCUGCGGUAGCGGCGAAGAGCGGCAGUGGUACUGGUGCUGGGCCAGCUGCAUUGCGGUCGACCCGCGGUAGCAGCGGCAACGGCGCGUUGACGGUGGCGCAAGCGAUGGAGAUUUUGUUUCCUAUAGAACCGGAGGGCCACGGCGGCGGUAGCCGAGAUGAUUCCGCCAAAGACGGCGAAAAGGAGACGAGUUAUGGUACGCUGACAUCUCCGCUCUCCGCUUCCCCAUCUGGGGCCCUUGGCGCAGCAACCACCGCUGCUGUCACAUCAGCUGCGAGUACGCCGGUGAUGUGGCGCAGAGCCGACGUUUCCCACCUGUCUCGCCUAGACGUGGUGCUCCUCUACAAGCACCUUCAACACCGCUGCACCUGCGAGUCGGCGCGCCCUCGCGGGUUUGUGUGUCCAAAUCGAGAGCGCAUCUACAACGAUGGCCUCCGCGAGCUGAUCCGGCAGGUGACCCUCCUGUGCCCAGAGCGCGGCCUCCUGCUCGAUGAGUUAGCCCGUAGCAUGCGCGAAUCGAUCGAGACGUACGAUGUGCUGCUCGACAGUGCAAACCAGUACGCUGUGCGCAAGAGUACUGAACGUGAUCUGCAUCAGCACCUGUUUGCGGAGAAGGCCGCGCUCGAGACGGAGGUGCGCCGUCGUGAGUAUCGCGUUAGCGAAUGGCGCGCCAAGUACGCUGGUCUUCAGAAGCGUUUUCAAGAACAACAAGCGGCGGACAGCAAACUACACGCAGAGGAGAUCGCCUACGCCAAGCGUGCUAACCAGCAGCUGGUGAGCGAAAUCAAGCGGCUCGCCUCGGAGGCAGAGAAGGCCAAGGAGGCCUGA